UUCAAUAUUUUAGGACAACGCUUUUCCACUGAGUAGUCAUUCCAGAUAUGACGAUUAUCGCACGGUUCCACUCCCACAAAACAUACAGUCGCCCACAACGUAAAUUUAUCGAUUAAUGGGGCCAUCACCAUCAGAGGACCCUCAAGCAUCAUCUAUAACUUUUGGAAAAAAUGCAAUAGAUCGGACGGCUUCCGUUUAUAUACGUGUUGGUAUUCUGGUAUAUUCUGUUUAAAUCGUACUGCAUCGCGUAAAAACUUCUACGUAAGACUCAUUCCUUCCAAUAAAGCGGCAAAUUCAUGUUGAACGUUGAGAAGUCGAGAGCUCUCUGCUCACAAGGGCUCAGAACUGCAUAUCUCUCUGUCACAGUCUUGUUUUUUCCUUUCUUCUUGUUUGGGAACCCUUCUUUUUCAAAUCUUCUACGAUCCUGACGUUUUUGAUACACUCGUGGUUCUGAAACCAGCUUUCUUCCGAUGGCAGAUCCUUCUGCUGAGGUUCCUCUUCCUGUCUCUGUAGAAGAAAUGCUAAGAACUAUAUGUGAGCAACAGUCACUGCCACCUGCUGAAAUGAGCGCAAGGAGAGAGCUGGCUUUGCUUGGAGAAGAGGCGUCUCUGCAGCUUCUUCGGCGAAUUUCCGGUCAAAGAAUCCGAUCCUUGACAGGAUUUAUCAUCUAUAUGGCGAGAAGUGUGUGUACAACCGUGUCUAGUCGGAAAAGCGUGUGCUUCUCCGGGCCACGUAGUUCUGAAAGUUCAGUUUCUGUUUCUAUGCGAGGCUAUGAUGAUGCUACCUCUCACUCUCCGAGGUUAGAGCGUCUCAAUAGGCAGAAGAGCGGCUUGGGUUUGGAGGGGAUGAGCAGAGAAUCCCUUCUCAUGGCGUUGGGCGAACUGGAAUUUAGGAAAGCCUUCUUGAUAUUAAGUUACAUUGGCAAGAAUAGACUGGAAGAUGUUAUGACAGUGGAGACGAUUAAAAAGAUUAGAAACUUGCCAAUGGUCAAGUUUGAGUCAGAGGUUUGGAAUGAUAUAGGCUGCCACUAUGUCGAGCAUGCAGAUAGAAUGAAGUUUCUUGAUUGGGAUUCUGGAAAAACAUACUUGUAUCACUGUCUUGUUGAUCCAGAUGGAAGCUACAGCUUUAAGGGGCCCUAUUUGGAUACCAAAAAAACUCAUCUUCAGAGGGUUUUAGGAGAUGACAAAGUACUAAUAGUCAAGUUUAUACAAGAGUCAACCAAUAGAAAUGGAUCAACUAGUUAUAAUAUACUCAAUACCAACUAUGGUAGGAUUGCAAAAGAAGGAAUUCUUCUAGGUUUGCUCCGUUAUCAUUUUUUUGUUUUCAAAGAUGGAGGUAAAGAAAAGAAGAGGAAAAAUCCAGCUUCAUCACCUGUAAAAUGUUAUUUUGUUUGCCUGGAGUCUAACGUGUCAUUGGAUGAGAAAACACAAUAUAUUUUAUUUAAUAAAUCAGUUCAUGAAGCACGGUCCGUGUUUAUGCAUGUACACACAGUUUCCAGCAUUUCUAAAUAUAUGGCUAGGUUUUCUCUCAUUUUGUCAAAGACCAUCAAGCUUGAGGUAGAUCUUGCAUCUGUGGAUAUCCAAAAGAUAGAAGACGAACCAUGCCGGGAUGAGGAUGGACACAUCAUUUGUAAUGAAGGUGGGGAACCUCUUAUACACACUAAUGGAACUGGUUUUAUAUCUGAAGACUUGGCUUUGAAAUGCCCAAUGAAUGUGGUUAAAGGGAAGAAUCUGAAGCAAGGAGAAAUUAUGAGGAUUUCAGGUCAUGACGGAAUUGAGGAGAAGUCAGAGUUGAGAUGGUAUAUUCAGGAACCACCACUAUUAAUUCAGUUCCGUUUGUUCAACAAUGGUUGUGCUGUCAAGGGAACUUUUCUUGUCAACAAAAAGCUUCCUCCUAAAACAAUUCAGAUAAGACGUUCAAUGAUAAAAGUUGAGGCAGACCCAAAGCUUUCAUAUGUUCGAACUGCCAAUUCAUUGGAGAUAGUUGCAACAAGUAAUCAACCAAGGAAGUCAUAUCUAUCAAAAUAUUUAAUUGCACUUCUUAACUAUGGAGGGGUUCCAACGGAUUACUUUAUGAAUCUUUUGAUGAAUGCAUUGGAUGAAGCUCAAAGUAUUCACUCCAAUAAACGAGCAGCAUUAAAAGUUGCUCUCAAGUAUGGUGACAUGGAUGAUUUUCUUGUAUCAAGAAUGAUUUUAUGUGGAAUUCCCCUUGAGGAACCAUAUUUACAAACUCGCUUGUCAGUGCUAAUGAGGGAAGAAAGGAAGGGCCUAAAGGCAGGAAAGAUUCCUAUGAGUGAGUGUUACUAUUUGAUGGGGACAGCUGAUCCAACUGGGAUGCUGGGCAUGAAUGAAAUUUGUGUUAUCCUUGACAGUGGACAAAUUUCGGGAAAGGUGUUAGUGUACAAGAAUCCUGGCCUUCAUUUUGGGGAUAUACAUGUCUUAACUGCAACAUAUGUCAAGGAAUUGGAGAGUAUUGUCGGAAAUGCUAAAUAUGCCAUUUUCUUUCCUAUAAAAGGGCCACGCUCGUUGGCAGAUGAGAUGGCAAAUAGUGAUUUUGAUGGGGAUCUGUAUUGGGUUUCAAGAAAUCCUCAGCUAUUGGAUUAUUUUAGACCAAGCAAACCAUGGAAACAGACUUAUUCAAAGAAAGCACCAUGCCAUCGGAAGCCAAUUGAUUUUUCUGCUGAGGAAUUGGAGAAUCAGCUUUUCCAUCUGUUCUUAACAACUAAGUUUGAACCUAGUAAGGCUUUAGGUAUUGCAGCAGAUAGCUGGUUGGCAUUUAUGGAUAGACUCUUGACAUUAGGAGAUGAAUGUUCUUCUGAGAAGGAAUGUUUGAAAAAAAAAAUGCUUCAAUUGGUUGAUACAUAUUAUGAUGCCCUUGAUGCACCAAAAAAUGGAAUUAAGGUUGAAGUUCCUAAGUGCUUGCAGGCUGAGAAAUUUCCACAUUUCAUGGAAAGGAUGAAUAAAUACAAUUCAACUUCUGUUCUCGGAUUAAUUUAUGAUGAGGUGAAUUCAUUUCAAAAAGCAAAUCUAUCAUCAACAGAAGUAUGGAAGCUCUUUUGUUUUGAUGGUGAAGUUGCUGAAGCUUGCAUGGAGAAAUGGCAGAUGCACUAUAAUGAGUAUCGAGAUGAAAUGAAAAGUGCGAUGGAGCUUGAUGGUGAGGCCAAAAAUGCAUCUGCAAACGAAGUUAUACAAAAGUAUAAGCAGCUCUUAUAUGGUGCAGCAAAUUUUGAACAGAGUUCAAGAACGAGACAGGAAAUAUUUGAGGAUUCUCUUGCCAUUUAUCAUGUUUGUUAUGACUAUGCAAGGACCAAAGGGGUUGAGAAGUGUAGUUUUGCUUGGAAAGUUGCUGGCGAAGCCCUUUGUAUGCUUUACACCAUAAAGCAGGAUGGAGGAUCCAUCAUCUGUUCACAAUCUAUUCUACGCGAGCUCCUAAGCUAAUAGAAAAUUCAUUAUUAUUGUAAUUUAAAAUUUAACUUAUGAACUAUCUUCUUGGUAGUGCUUCGCACAAUAUUUAUCAAGGGGUGGCAAUAAGUUCCUGGCUC